CUCAAAAGUCGCCCUGGGAUCUCCCGGCCUCGUUCAGUCCCCGGAUCUUUUAAGUCCCAGCUGACCGCGGGGCCCUGGACGCGCCACCAUGGACCUGGGGUUGGCUGGCCGCUGCGCACUGGUCACCGGCGCCGGCAAAGGCAUCGGGCGCAGCACGGUCCAGGCUCUGUCUGCGGCGGGUGUGCGCGUGGUGGCUGUGAGCCGGACACAGGCCGACCUGGACAGUCUAGCUGCCGAGUGUCCCGGGGUAGAGCCUGUGUGCGUGGACCUGGGAGACUGGGAGGCCACAGAGCGAGCACUGAGCCGCGUGGGCCCCGUGGACCUGUUGGUGAACAAUGCCGCCGUGGCACUGCUGCAGCCUUUCCUGGAGGUCACCAAGGAAGCUUUUGACAUGUCUUUCGAUGUGAACCUGCGGGCUGUCAUCCAGGUGUGCCAGAUUGUGGCCAGGGGCAUGAUAGCCCGGGGAGUGCCAGGGGCCAUUGUGAAUGUCUCCAGUCAGUCCUCCCAGCGUGCACUCACCAACCACAGUGUCUACUCCUCCACCAAGGGUGCCCUGGACAUUCUGACCAAGGUGAUGGCUCUAGAACUCGGGCCCCACAAGAUCCGUGUGAAUGCAGUAAACCCCACAGUUGUGAUGACGCCCAUGGGCAAGUCCAACUGGAGUGACCCCCACAAGGCCAAGGUCAUUCUGGACCGCAUCCCACUUGGCAGAGGUGGAGAAUGUGGUGGAUGCCAUCCUCUUCCUGCUGAGUGACCGAAGUGGCAUGACCACAGGGUCCACUCUGCCAGUCGAUGGUGGUUUCCUGGUCACCUGAGUUGCCUCCAGCCACACAUACUUCUACCCCAUGCUGAGCCCACCCCCACUCUUAACCCUCAAUAAACCUGACUCUUCUGCC